AUGUCCGCUGAAGCCGACCCCUUCCUCGCCCUCGACGUCUCGACCGACGAUUAUGCGACCACAGCAGCACACGACCAAAAAGCAGGCACCGAUGCGACACUCGCAGCCGUCGAAGCAGAAGACGAUAGCGAUGCCGAGAGAGAAAAGGCAGGAGCUGCGCGCGCCGCAAGAACGAGGUAUACAGAAGAGGAUUUCCUUGCGCAGAAGGCUUCAUACACAGCUAGGAUUGACGAGGGCAGUAUCUGGAGACAACUUCUCCGCUUCGAGCCGCCAUUCCGACCUUCUGAGACUUUCAGGUCUACCGUAAACGCUGCACCUGGAGACCUGGACAACUCUGUCUCGUCGACCACCGCAGAACCGGGAGCAGCAAAAACAAAAUUGGACAAGAAACACCAUCAGACCAUCCAAGCCGCUGUCUCUGAACUCUACUUCUUGGAAAGAUACACAGCAGUUCAGGAGAUAAUCAUUUGGGCAAAAGAGCACUUCGAGAAAGAUAAGAAGUGGGAUGCGCAGGUGAAGAAGUGGGAGGCUAAGGUUGAGAGUAAGAUGCAGGCGGCUUGA